AACAUACGCUGCAUUCCAGCCGACUCCUGCCUGACCCAUGUACCAUGCCUCAAAGAAAACCAACUCUGACACGGGCGACGUCGGAGGAUCUUCGACAUGCAACGGUUACUGCCAAAGCUGGUCUUGAAGAAGUGGUUUGCUUUCCGCCAGUAAAGGUGGUGCAGGAGCUGCCAGUACCGUGGCCGAGAUACCAAGAGAUUGUGGGAAAGCUCGGCGACGAACGAAGGGUGCCCACACAGAAUGAUUUGGUGCUGGCUGUGUCUCAUGCUUGGUCUCACCAGCUGCAUCCAGAUCCUUUGGGAAUCAAAGCGGAGGAGAUAAAGCAGUUGACAGCAGAGGCUUUGCGAGACCACAAGAUCUCAGGAGAGCCGCUGCUUGGCGGAUUUGCCAUGCUGCGGCUGCGCCAUGCUGCGAUU